AUGCAGCGCAUUAUUUCGCGCGGUGGGGCCUUCAGCGUUGAUGGUAGCGCUCACGAAGAAGCCAAACGCAAAACGACCUUCCUGCUGCGCCAUUUCUUCACUUUGCAGGAUUCCUCGCCGUCACCACAAGACCAACUUCUGUGCGACGUCGUCGAGGACUGGGCUUGUGGUGACCACGCAACGCCCGAUGAUAUCUCCCGGCUUUGGAAGUCCAUCAAUGAGCAUAUCGAGCGCUCAUAUCUAUUGCGGCGCAAACUGGUAGCGAAGUCGGAUCCAGAUGAACUAUCCGUGCUGAUCGCGAUGGAUUGCUUGAAGAAGCUACCGCAGAGGCUGCCUGAAUAUCAGCGGGUGCUUGACGUCAUUAUCAGCGUGAUCGAGUCAGGGUUGUACUUGAACAAUUCCGUAGAUACAAUUCUUCCAGCAAGUCAAGACCCCAGUCGAGAAGACGACGAUCUACCUCGAGAAAGGAAGCUCCUCUACUUUGAAGCGUUUUGGGCUCUGAACAACAUCGCUAAUGCGGAACAAGCCCCACAGCCAAACAGUGGGCGCGCAUCACUGAAGAAUUAUCCCUGGCAAGACAAGAGCAAUGAACUGUCAUUCCGACAGCGAAUCGAGACGCUCAUCAAUCAAUUAGAUGCCGAUGAAGACAAGAAGGAGCUCUUCGAAUUGUUACUGCGCGGUAACAUGAAUAUCCUCGCUGGCUUGGCGUGCGAAGAAGUACUCAAGCAUUAUCUUGGUGCAGAGAUUGCCGAGAGUGCAGAUACGCUCUUCUCCCUGCUGAUGCAGCAUGUGAACCCCUCCGAAACUGCGCGCUUGUUGGCUGCAAUAGAGCAGACGCAUUCAACUGAGCUGCAAAAGUUCGCUCUCGAAAACAUCGACACUUUGCUGGAGGGAACGCGACCUCCCUCGACUGAGAAGGGCAUCCCUGUCCUCUUCCAGCAACUUGUUGACCGCCACCCGCAGGACUUCGCUGCCAUUCUUUGGCGCUCGCCAUAUUUGACAGCUCACAUUUUCCAGGGAUCGGAGAAUCUGGUAGCGCGCGUGUUAGAGCAGAACGUGUAUCGUAUUUCGCAAGUUCUUACACAGCGAUCUGACGUCCUACUACCUCUUCUGAGUCACACGUUUAAGGAGAAUACUAGCGUCCUUGAGGAAUUUUUGAUCAACCAUCCACGCGGACUUGCCGAUCUGCUACUGAACCGUUCCUCUGCAAUUGCGGCCGUCGUGAAGGCCAAGCCUUACAUCCUUUCGGAUGUACUCCAAGCGUGCAGUGUCACACUUACCAAAGUGCUUGCCUCUACACCCGAGAUCGUAAGUUCCGUGAUAAAGAGCAACCCUCAGACACUGCCACAGAUUGUCCGGGAGGACACCACGAUAUUGAAUGCGGUGUUUGCAACUGUUCCGCAAUGCCUUGGCGAUACCCUCGAGAAACACCCCGAGUUUUUCGUCGACGUCGCCCACCGGAAGCCCGCACUGAUUUCUCGCUUGUUCGCUGAGCGUCCGGAUCUGCUUCUGGAACCUCUCGAAGCGAACCCCGCGCUCUUUACGACUUUCCUCUUGUAUCACCGCAGCAUUCUCCCGGAUUUCAACGACCCAGACUUCGACCCCGCCGUCUUCAAGCUAACAACGAAGCAAGUAGUCGAGACUGGUGUACAAACCAGCAGCAAGUUGAACCAGGGGCGAAGGAAACUACGAGCUCGCGAAAAGUUACGACGAGAGUGUGAAGAACUUCUUGAGCCACUCAGAGCGGCAACAGAGACGGAAGUUACACUUAGUACACAGACAGCAGGAGGGUCCGAGCCAAAGUCGGAAGAAGAGCUGCUGACAGAGGAAGGCUUGACCACUUACCAGAUUGUGAACGAGAUCGGUCGCAUCUACAUCGCCAAGAUCGCGGCGGACGAGCAGGACGAUACCAUGAACCGCAAGCGCCAAUCCUUGGCCGACUUCGUCAUGGAGCUUUACAUCCUCGAGCUGGGCUUGAAACCUCUCGCGAAAAAGAAGCUGGUGAAUCUGCUGCUCGCUGCCAAGCAGGUUGGGAAUGUACAGGAGGCUAUGCGGGUGAAGUGGUUCCGGCGCUUCAUGAACGCCAUCCCAGGGGAUCGUCCACUGCCCCAGACCGCCUUGGAUUUCUAUCUGUUGGCACUGCAGCAUAUUAUACCAGGAGGACAACUCGCGCUUCGACUAGAGGCAGCAUAUUUCCAGUCGUGCACCGUGUCACAGUCGGUAUUGAAAGCACUUGUGGAUGAUCCACUGGUCGGCCGAUUGUUUGACAGCAAGGAACAGCGCCAGCGAAUGCUUGCUUUCCAGAGCAUAUCGGCUCCUUCACGCCAGGAUGCAGGGGGGACGGUGGCUCGCUCUUCGAUGACGAUGUUAUCCAUGCUUCGGCUCGACGACGUGCUGGAUAUGGUUAUGAAGGUGUGGAUGCAGUAUCAACUAAGGUAG